AUGGAGAACUAUGAGCGUGGCGAGAAGCUGGGAGAGGGAGCAUGGGGUGUCGUCACAUCAGCGACGCAAAAAGCGACCGGGCGCGUCGUGGCUAUCAAGAAGAUCGCCAUGAAGCUGGGGAAGUACACGGAGGGGGCGAACUUCACGGCGCUGCGAGAGAUCAAGCUUCUUCAGGAGCUCAAGCACGAUCACAUCAUUGAGCUGGUGGAUGUCUUUCUCAUCCACGAGGACCUCAACCUGGUGUUCGAGUUCUGCGAGACCGACCUCGAGUCUAUCCUCAUGGAGCAGAGCGUUAUCCUGAAGCCCGAGCACGUGAAAUGCCACAUGAAAAUGUUGCUCGAGGGACUCGGGUACCUGCACGACAACUUCGUGCUGCAUAGGGAUCUGAAGCCCAACAACUUGCUGUACGCAAGCGACGGCAAGCUUAAGCUGGCCGAUUUCGGGCUCGCGAGGUCUUACGGCAGUCCUGGCCGACACAUGACUCCGACGGUAGUCACGCGAUGGUACAGGCCGCCAGAGCUGUGCUUCGGAUGCCACGAGUACGGUGCGGCGGUGGACAUGUGGGGGGUAAGCAAGCUCUUGGGUAUCGUGGUUGGAUGCAUCUUUGCGGAGCUCAUGUGCCGAAGACCGCUGUUUCCGGGCGUCAGCGACGUGGACCAAGUGGCGCGGAUUUUCCAAGUCAUGGGAACUCCCACCGACGAAAGCUGGCCGGAACACUGCGCUCUCCCGGACUUCGUGGAGUUCAAGCCGCAGCCCCCCGUCGACCUGAGCUCUCUCCUGUCCGCGGCAUCCCCCGAUGCGAUGGACCUCCUGCUUCGGCUCCUCGUGCUGCGGCCGGACAAGCGGGCCACAGCUAGGGAGGCGCUGCGACACCCGUACUUCGCCAAGCACGAGCCGAAGCCGUGCGAGCCGUCGGAGUUGGCACUGCCGAUACCGGAGGAACGGAAGAACAAGGUGGCCAAAGCAGACGUGGCUACGUUUGACUGAUGGCACGACGGCUUGCCUCAUGCGACGGUUGACAUCACCGGCCCCGGCAGUCAUCGCGAAAACUAAAAUGGUCUACCGUAAUUGUCGGAGAGGUGGCACCCCCGUGUUAGCGUUUUUUUGUAGCGCAUUUCACCACAACCAGGGGGAUACUGUUACACUGCCGAAAAGGGUAGUUUUGAAAACAUCUCGUGGAGGGCUUUCCUAAGAGGCAUCAUCGGUUGGUGUUCGCACGCUCCUAGUUGUGGAAAAAUACGCUAAACGAAAACGAUAGCAUAGCACGGGGUUGCCAUAUCUCCGACUCUUACGGUAUCUUAGGGACUACGACCAUGCACGCAUUUGUAGUUUUAGUCCCUUCCCCCCCACCCCGGCUUGUAGUGUGGUUUUCUAUUUUUCGUCAACGUGCUCGACCUCGUCGAUAAAGUCCCACCUGAGCGAAGAAAUCGGCGUGUCCGACGAUUGUGAUGAGAGUGGGCAAGGGCUGCGUCGUGCCCUGUGAUGGGGGUGGAAUAUUACGUAUCCACGGAUCUUGAAACUCGCAACGUACUUU